UCUACUGUUCAUUGGCUACAUUGCAUAGACAAUAUAAUAUUGUUGUUACUUGAGAAGAAGAAAUGGCCAAAACAUUAUCUUUAUCAGUGAUCAUUGCACUAGCCAUAUGCCACGGUUGUGCGCAAGGAGUGCCACCAGCGCCACCGACGGUGGCCGCGACGGCGGCGGCUCUGCCGGGUUCCGCCCAGGAGUUCUUGGACGUGCACAACCAAGCACGGGCUGACGUGGGCGUCGACCCACUGACCUGGAGCCCGAAGCUGGCCACCGCCGCGGGCCUGAAGGUUCGUUACCAGCGGGACAAUCAGAACUGCAGCUACGCCAGCUUAAGCGGCGGCGAGUACGGCAGCAACCAGAUGUUGUCGGACGGAACGGCGGUGACGCCGCGGAUGGCGGCGGAGAAUUGGGUGCAGCAGAAGAGCUUCUACAACUACGCUAACAAUAUGUGCGUGGCAGGCCACCCCAGGUGCCGCUCGUACACCCAGGUUGUUUGGAAGAAAUCGCUGGAACUGGGUUGCUCUCAGGCGACGUGUCCUAAAGGCCAGAUUACCUUAACCAUAUGCUUCUACAAUCCUCCCGGAAACACCGUCGGAGAGAAACCGUACUAAUGCUUAUCUUGUUCUUGUUAACCCAGUCAAGAUUCAAGCUGUUCUUCGUAUCUAGAGAAAUAAGAUUUAGGAUUAUUGAUCAAAUAAUGGUACUAGCCUACUAGGUUGUACUACUGCUCGGUUGUUUGUCGGAUUAAGUUUUCCUUUUGAAGGAUUUAUGCUUUAAUUCCAGCUUUCUUGAAUUCCUAACGCAGAAAUCAUUCAUAUAAACUAAACAUCAGAUUAUGUA